AUGCUAUUACAAGAACCUGAUGAGUAUCCAUUGGAUGAUAUUCCUAUGCCAUACAGGUAUCAGAUCAGGGAUGGUGGUGGUUUGAAGAGGUCUAGGAGGUGUAGUAAUGGUCGUGAGAGUAUUUGUGAUGAGUCCUUUCAGUUGAAGAAAAGUAAAGUUGUUGGUGAUGAUUUGAAACUGGUUGAUGAGAUCAGUAGUGGUACAGGUUCAGUUUCUAAUGUGACUGGGACUGGUGCUGGCACUGGGGUUGGUGUUGGAGUUGCUGGUAGUAGUAGUAACGUUGUUGAUAGUGGUAUUCUUCAUGAGGAGGAUGCGUUGCCUCUGUCGCCGAUUCCUUCUCCAAGCUGUCGGGUGGAGGUUCCCCUGGACUUCGAGGAUGCCAGUGGUGCCAGUGGUGCUUGUAGUAAUGAAUUAUAUUUGGAGUCACAGACCCAGUUACCUGCUUCCUGUUUUAAGAAUCUGAUGUUCAGGAUGAUUGCAAAGAUGAAUAGGAAGGAGCUGACGGAUAUCUGCACUUUGAUCAAGGAUAAUUUGAAAAGAGAUUUCAUAUCCUGUUUGCCCUUGGAGGUCUCUUUGAAUAUAUUGAAAAACCUAUCUUACGAAGACUUGGUCAGCUGUCUGAGGGUCUCAAAGAAUUGGAACAAGCUAAUCAACACUACACCGUCCAUUUGGAAACAGAUGCUGCUCUCGGAGGACUUUGUAUCUAGUGAUAACUUCGAUAAAUAUUCUUCCAAAUUAUUGGCAAAGUAUCCUGACAGAUCUACCGAGGAGGACUGCUAUCGGAUCGACUUCUUACACAAUAGAAGGAUCCUGAAUAACUGGUACAAUUCUGAGUUCACUCCAAAGAGAUACACUUUGAAGGGACAUACCGCCAGUGUCGUGACCUGUCUGCAAUUCGAGGAUGAAUAUAUAAUCACAGGGGCAGAUGACAAGAUGAUAAGGGUUUACGAUUCUGUUGACAAGAGGUUCCUUCUGGAGUUGAGUGGCCACGAAGGUGGAGUUUGGGCAUUGAAGUACGAUGAAGACGGGAUCAUCGUUAGUGGUUCUACCGAUCGGAGUGUGCGUGUAUGGGACAUCAAACAAGGCAGGUGUACACACAUCUUCAAGGGACACACCUCCACGGUUAGAUGUUUAGAAAUUGUAGAAUACAAAAACGUUAAAUACAUCAUCACGGGAUCAAGAGAUAAUACAUUACAUGUUUGGAAACUUCCAAAACCAGACGUUGAAAGACGAGUAGACUCUGCAGACGGCAAUAAGCUGCCGUUCACCUAUAAUUCACCAGAUGAAAACCCAUAUUUUGUUGGUAUCCUGCGAGGACAUAUGGCUUCAGUUCGUGCACUUUCAGGGCAUGGCAAUAUUGUCAUCAGCGGUUCCUACGACAACUCGCUAAUGGUUUGGGAUAUAGCCCAAAUGAAGUGUUUGUAUAUUCUAACUGGGCACACAGAUCGAAUUUAUUCUACCGUGUACGACCACAAGAGGAAAAGGUGUAUCUCUGCAAGUAUGGAUGCCACCAUCAGAGUAUGGGAUUUGAAAGAUAUUUGGAGAAACGGUACAUGCACACGGGUUAUGAACUCGCUGACACCAUGCACUAACAUCAUGGGCUCUGUAAUGAUACUUCACGGACACACAGCAUUAGUCGGUUUAUUAAAGCUAUCAGAUAAGUUUCUUGUAAGUGCAGCUGCCGAUGGAUCUCUACGUGGCUGGAACGCAGAGAACUACAGCCGGAAAUUCUUAUACCAUCACGUUAACAUGAGCGCCAUAACUACUUUCGACGUCGACGACAAUUUACUGAUCAGCGGAUCAGAAAGUCAAUUCAACAUCUACAAUCUCAGAACAGGAGCAACAAUACAUCCACAUAUCCUCAGAGACGCAGACCAAAUAUGGUCAGUGAGAUUCAAAGAAAAUAUUCUCGUCGUUGCAGUAGAGAGAGACGGUCAAAGUUUUAUCGAAAUAUUCGAUUUUAAUAUCAACAAUCCAUCAUCAAAACCACCAAAAUUACCAGAAUUACCAACAACCGCACAUAAUUAA